CCGUGAGGUGCUUAUAACUCAGCCUGAAUGUAGCCAACGUGUUAUAGAAUCUUAAAACCUUGGAAUCUUGUCACCGAACGCUUGUGAAACAGAUACCAAUUUGUAGGAAAAUGGUCGUUGGUGCGUGUUUUUGCGGCAAAGUUCGCAUUGAACUCAAUGGCCAGCCCCUGACCUCGGGACUAUGUCACUGUCUCGAUUGUCGCAAACUUACUGGGUCUCCCUAUAGCUACAGUUUUGUGGUUAAAACUGCAGAGCUGGAAAUCUCGGGAAGUCCCAAAGAAGUAGCAAAAACAUCGGACAGUGGAAAUGAAAUCCGGAACUACUUCUGCCCUGACUGUGGCACGCCGCUCUAUGGAGGAAAGAUCAAACCUGAUGGAGAACCUGACGAGAUUACUGUCGUUCGGGCAGGGAUAUUUGACGACGAAUUUUUAGCUAAAUGGAAACCUCAAGCGGAGCUAUACAUUGGUAGUCGUUUGGAAUGGGUAAAGCCCAUCGAGGAAGCCGGUCAAUUCAGUGGCAUGAUGGCGCUAUCAUAACCUUAUCUUAAGGUACACUGUUGCAUGCCGUCGUGGUACCUGAGGGAGCGAGAAGUGGGCAACAAGAGGGUUGCUGCCAUGAUUUGUGAAUGGAAAAGUGGGGAAAUCAGUUGAGGCUCAAUCUUUCACCGACUAAUAAUCAAUUGAUGACUUGGUGAUUGGUAUGCCUCCGUC